CUAAAUAUUUGAUAGUGUACCGAAAGGACGCCAGGAAAACCAUGAAACUCAAAUGUGGACAUCUUUUCGACAACUAACACGUUGUUUUUAAUGCACCGCCGGGAUGUUAGGAGUGGUUCACACCCGCCCCGACAUCAACUCAUACACGGAAAAUCUUAUCGGGACGCUGCUAGCGAUAUUUGGAAAUGUGCUCGUCAGCAUCUCUUUAAGUAUUCAGAAGUACAGCCAUGUGUCGCUGGCAGGAACCAAAGACCCGCGGGCCUUCUACUGGGCUAAAACAUGGUGGUGCGGUUUUGUGCUGACCUGUCUCGGAGAAGCAGCCAACUUUGUCUCCUACGCUUUCGCGCCCCUCUCCCUCAUAGCGCCUCUCAACGCCGUGUCUGUAUUAACAAGCUCAAUUUUGGGUCUUAUUUUCCUGCGUGAGAAAUCUAAGCCAAGAGAGUUUGCAAAGCGGUAUGGGCUUUCCUUCCUGGGCUGUCUCUUAACCAUAGGAGGAACCUACCUCUUUGUGACAUUUGGACCAAACGCUCAUGAAAAGCUCGAUGGGGAGAACAUUGUAAAACACACUGUAGGAUGGCCCGUCCUUUUGUAUCUGGUACUAGGAAUCAUCACAUUCUGCCUGCUGUUGUACUUUUAUAAACAACGCAGCGCUAACUACCUCAUUGUUAUUCUGUUGCUGGGUGCUCUGCUGGGCUCUGUCACAGUCAUCACAGUGAAGGCAGUGUCAGGCAUGCUUGUCCUCACUAUCGAGGGUACCAUGCAGCUCAACUACCCAAUAUUCUAUGCCAUGUUUGUUUGCAUGGUGGCAACGGUGGUUUUCCAAGCCAAAUUUCUCUCCCAAGCGUGUAAGCUGUACAACCCCUCUUUGGUUGCCUGUGUCAACUACAUCCUUUCCACCUUCUUUGCAGUUAUUGCAGGUGCUAUAUUUUACCAAGAGUUCAACCAUGAAGACGUUCUUCAUAUCUGCAUGUUCCUGCUCGGAUGUGCAGCCUGUUUCCUUGGGGUGUUCCUCAUCACAAAGAACAGGAAAAAGACAAAGAGCUUUGAGCCCUAUGUCACCAUGGAUAUGGCACAAGGUAUUCCCACCAUUCAUGAUAAGGGCCUGGUGGUUCAGCCAGACUACAAUGGCUCCUUCUCCUAUGGUGCGCUGGUCAACAAUGAUGGGGUGGCCUCAGUUUCUGUACCAGUGAAGCAGGAACAGCUGUCAAUCACGGUCAUGUCAAAUACUGCCCCUCAUGGGUCAGCUGAUCUGAAGAAGGAUUAGGACUUGACCACUUGAUGAUGAACAACACUUGAAGAACUGGAAAGGCCAAGGUGGAGAGUUAAAAUUCUGUCAUAUAAACACCAAUGUUUUGCAGACUUAACAAUAGGGGAAAUGUUGUGACCUUCAUGUCUUAAAACACAUCUAAAACGUGGACCAUUAGUGUGUGCCCACUGGAUCAGCGCUACUUUUUUAAAUGCUCUUACUCCAUCUGCCCACGCACUUGUUUUUAUCUUGACCAAAUCUUGAUUGUCAAAGCAUGCCUUAUAUGAGAUGCUUGCUGUCGGCCUACUGUUCAUUCCAAAACAGCACAGAAGAAGUCUUGAGACUACUGGAUGCUAUAUCUGAAUGGGUCACCUACAUCUGCACAGCCUCAUACAUAAAUGUAAUGACACACAUUGUGAUGUGCCUUGAAAGUAUACUGCCUUCUCUCUGUGUUAGCUUUAAGGUAUAAGGACUGUUUCCCAUGACACUCCCGUUAUUUUAUUUUGUUUCUUGCUUUAAUGGGAAAUACAACAGUGUCGGACUUAAUUAGUAAAGGGUAAUGCCGUGCCAGGGUUCAGUCCCAGCCCUUUACUGGAAAUGAGUUCUUAAUGAAGCUGCAAAAAGACUCUCAGAUGACUUGCCAAUGAAUUGAACGACUUUUCCCUUUACAUCACUUUCCAAUGUUUGCCUCUGAUUCACUCUCAAUGCUCUGCUCAUUGUUCAUAGAACUGUACUACUGAUUCCUCUGAUGUUAAUUUAUUUGGGUUUAUUUUAUUUAUUGAUUCUUAAGUUAGCUUUAAUAUGCCUUGAAAUGUUGUGUGACACUGGAUGAUAACAACUCGUGACCGAGUUGUUGAGUAAUGCAAUUAUGUUGUGGAACUCCGAUAAAUUCAUCGUGGAGAAACAACUGUAAACUGUCUGUGUCUCAAAAAACAAUCAGAUUACAGAUCCUGUUGGAAAAACAAAACGGGAUGGCAGAAGACAUUUGUAUAGUGAACAUUUUAAUGCUAUUCAAACUGCAGUCAGUUAAUUGGAAUAGAUCGUCUUUUAGACAUUAUUUUCUGGAGAAAAAAUAAUUAAGAAGUUAUAGCAUGUUAUACGACCUUGCUUAAUUUGAGUUAUAGCAUGGCUUACAUUACUCAGGUGUCAUUUAUAGGGUAGUGUCGGUAUUGAGUGUUACCCUCCAUACCUUAUCACUAGUUAAGAGUAAGAGCAGAGUAACCUUAAAAUACACAAUUUGAUCGAUUGUGAGUAUUGCCUAUACUGGCUGAAAAUAAUGUAAUCUUGUAUAAUAUUUCUCUAUUUAUUGAAAAAGCUCAUUCCAAGAAAUGCUCAACGCAAGACAUGCGUACAGGUACUUGUAUGUCAUCUCCAAUUAUGUCUUAAUGAAUGCUGGUAGCUUUUGGACUUGGAACAGUAUUCAUGCCAGUUUCUAUUCAUUUAUAAUUGUGCACUGUAUGACGCUUACUGUCCAUCUGUCUGCAAGUUCAAGAUUUACACCACUGUGUGAAGUAUCCGGGGGCAGUUAAUAACUGGCUUCCAUUUAAUCCAGUGCUGCAGCUUUUGCAGCAAAGCGAUCCUGUGAAUUAAUAUUUUGCCUUCUGUAUCACUUCUUGUAAGAUUUGUUAAAUGUUAUCUUAAAAAUAACUUCUUAAAAUAUUACUAAAAUAUGGGGAGUCUAAGGUCUAUGCAAAUGUAGGAUUUUAGGUAAAAGUGCUGUGGAACUGCCCCUUUUCAGUUAAUAAUAAACCUGCGUUGGUCACUGAUUUUCAUAGUCGUACCACUGUUUCCUUUUAACCAACACCUAGCAAUCUGUUUCUGUACAUUUGUCAAUUUGUAAAAUUGAUGUAAUGUAGGCUGAUCACCUAGGUCAAUUUAAAUAAAAGAGCUUUCAUGCAUUUAAAAAUGUGA